CUCCGGCUCCCGGGUGAGGGACGGAGGGCGAUGCGGGCCCGGACGCGUCGUGGACCCCCGGGGAGCCGGGCACCGCGGCUCGCCCCGAUCUGGUGCCUGGCGGCCGCCUUGGGGAUGCUGUGGCCCCCGGCCUCCCUGGCGUUCAACCUGGACGUGGACGGAGCCACCGUGUACAGCGGCCCCGAGGGCAGCUACUUCGGCUAUGCCCUGGACUUCCACCUACCCGAUGCCCGCACGGCCAGCGUCUUGGUCGGGGCGCCCAAAGCCAACACCAGCCAACCAGACAUCGUGGAAGGGGGAGCCGUCUACUACUGCCCGUGGCCCGUGGAGGGGUCUGCGCCUUGCAAACAGAUUCCUUUUGACACCACCAACAAUAGAAAGAUCAAAGUGAAUGGAACCAAAGAACCCAUAGAGUUUAAGUCCAACCAAUGGUUUGGAGCAACGGUGAAAGCUCACAAAGGGCAAGUCGUGGCCUGUGCUCCUUUGUAUCACUGGAGAACUCUGAAACCAACACCCGAAAAGGACCCAGUUGGCACUUGCUACGUAGCAAUUCAGAAUUUCAGCGCCUAUGCAGAGUACUCUCCUUGUAGAAAUAGUAAUGUGGACCCUGAAGGCCAAGGUUACUGCCAAGCAGGAUUUAGUCUGGAUUUUUAUAAGAAUGGAGACCUUAUAGUAGGAGGACCUGGAAGCUUUUACUGGCAAGGUCAGGUGAUCACUGCGAGUGUUGCAGAUAUCAUUGCAAACUAUUCAUUCAAAGAUAUUCUAAGAAAACUUGCCGGAGAAAAGCAGACCGAGGUGGCCCCAGCUUCCUAUGAUGAUACUUACCUCGGAUACUCAGUUGCUGCCGGGGAAUUUACUGGGGACUCUCAGCAAGAAUUGGUUGCUGGAGUUCCCAGAGGAGCACAGAAUUUUGGCUAUGUCUCAAUCAUUAACUCAACAGAUAUGACCUUUAUUCAGAAUUUUACUGGUGAACAGAUGGCAUCUUAUUUUGGAUAUACUGUUGUGGUAUCUGACGUUAACAAUGAUGGAAUGGAUGAUGUCUUGAUUGGUGCACCCCUCUACAUGGAGCGUGAAUUGGAGAGUAACCCGAGGGAAGUAGGCCAAGUCUACCUGUAUCUGCAAGUGAGUGCCCUCCUCUUCCAGGACCCCCAGAUCCUCACGGGCACUGAGACCUUCGGCAGAUUCGGCACAGCCGUGGCACACUUGGGGGAUCUGAACCAAGAUGGAUUCAACGAUAUUGCCAUCGGCGUGCCCUUUGCAGGCAAGGAUCAAACAGGCAAAGUGCUCAUUUACAACGGGAACCAGAAUGGCUUACAUAGCAAGCCAUCCCAAGUUCUACAAGGAAAAUGGACCUCACAGACCGUCCCCCCUGCAUUUGUCCCUUCUGGAUUCGGCUUCUCACUAAGAGGAGAUGCAGACAUAGACAAGAAUGAUUACCCAGAUUUGCUUGUGGGUGCAUUUGGAACAGGAAAAGUAGCUGUUUACAGAGCCAGGCCUGUAGUGACCGUAGAUGCCCAACUUCUGCUCAGCCCAAGGAUUAUCAAUCUGGAAAACAAAACUUGCCAGAUUCCAGAAGUCAACACACCUAUGGCUUGCUUAUCUUUAAAAGUCUGUGCGUCUGUCACCGGGCAAAGCCUGUCUAAUACGAUAGCCCUGACAGCUGAGGUGCAACUGGACUCCCUGAAGCAAAAAGGAGCCAUUAAACGCACGCUCUUCGGCUCCACCCAUCAGCCGCAUCUCGUCUUCCCGCUUGUGAUACAAGGGCAGCAAUCCCUCCACUGCAAGGAUUUCACUGUUUACCUUCGAGAUGAAGCUGAAUUCCGAGAUAAAUUAUCCCCAAUCAACAUUAGUCUGAAUUAUAGUUUGGAUGAAUCGACCUUUAACGAAGGUUUGGAAGUGAAGCCAAUACUAAACCACUACAGAGACAACAUUGUGACUGAACAGGCUCACAUCCUGGUGGACUGUGGAGAAGACAAUGUGUGUGUUCCUGACCUGAAGCUAGCAGCUAGACCAGAUAAGCAUCAGAUAAUCAUUGGAGAUGAAAAUCACCUCAUGCUGAUCAUCAAUGCGAGAAAUGAAGGGGAAGGAGCCUAUGAAGCCGAACUCUUGGUGACAAUACCGGAAGAGGCAGAUUAUGUUGGGAUUGAACGCAACAACAAGGUGCUGCGACCACUGAGCUGCGAGUACAGAAUGGACAAUGUGAGCCGGAGGGUGGUGUGUGACCUCGGCAACCCCAUGGUGACCGGAACAAACUAUUCACUGGGCCUCCGAUUUGCUGUUCCACGUCUUGAGAAAACAAACAUGAGCAUCAGCUUCGAUCUCCAAAUCCGAAGUUCCAACAAGGACAAUCCUGAGAGCAACUUUGUGAGUGUCCAGAUCAACAUCACUGCUAUGGCUCAAGUCGAAAUAAGAGGCGUAUCCCAUCCUCCGCAGAUUGUUCUGCCCAUUCACCACUGGGCACCGGAAGCCGAGCCCCGCAGAGAAGAGGAAGUUGGACCGCUGGUGGAACACAUCUACGAGCUCCACAAUAUUGGGCCGAGCGCCAUCAGUGAGACUGUCCUGGAGGUGGGCUGGCCAUUCUCUGCGAGGGAUGAGUUCCUUCUCUACAUCUUUCAUCUUCAAACUCUGGGGCCACUACGGUGUCAAACAAAUCCUGAGAUCAACCCACAGGAUAUAAAGCCCGCCGCCUCCCCAGAGGACACCCCAGAACUCAGUGCCUUCCUGCGCAACUCCACCAUCCCGCAUCUCCUCCGCAAGCGGGAGGCGCCCGCAGCCCAGCUCCACAGACAGAGCCCCGCCAAAGUCCUGAACUGCACAAAUAUCAAGUGUUUGCACAUCUCUUGUUCAGUGGGACGGCUAGGAGGAGGAGAAAGUGCAGUCCUGAAGAUCAGAUCUCGACUCUGGGCCCACACAUUCCUCCAGAGGAAAAACGACCCCUAUGCUCUGGCAUCUCUGGUGUCCUUUGAAGUGAAGAAGAUGCCUUAUAAAGAUCAGCCGGCCAGACUGCCAGCAGGAGGCAUGGCAAUUAAGACAUCAGUUAUUUGGGCAACCCCAAAUGUUUCCUUCUCUAUCCCGUUAUGGGUCAUCAUACUAGCCAUACUGCUGGGAUUGUUGGUUCUAGCCAUCUUAACCUUAGCUUUAUGGAAGUGUGGCUUCUUUGACAGAGCAAGACCUCCCCAGGACGAAAUGGCUGACAAGGAACAGCUGACCAGCGACAAGACCCCUGAGGCAUAACAGGGGAAAUACAAAGACCAAAAUUUCUAACACUGGUCCCAUCCAAAGGAAAGGAAGGACACAAGGGCUAUGUAAUAAAGGCUUCCCUUUACCUGCCAGUGACCUAAGAAGCCAAAGGGCCCCUGACAUGACCCCUUCAGCAACUCCAUCCUUUGGGGAUGUUGCCGUGGAAACCGGAGAGGCCUGUGGAGAGACAGAAACUCCAACAUGGUGGAAACAAUCAGAUCAGUGGUUAUGGAAGAUUUCUUUGGCUUUUGUCAUUCCAUAUUUGGCAGUCAUUUUUGGAAUAGGGGUCUGAACUUAGGACUUGCUGUCCAGGCUUAGAAAAAAAAAAAAAACCUGGGUUGCAAAAAUGAACUGUCUGAAUUCCUAUAGAAUUUAGGAAGUGAACCAAGACUGAACAACUGUCCAACACUACUGUACCCAAUGGAAUUUCUGACACCUCCCUAUGGAAAAGGAACAUUGGUAAAGACAGGAUGGCUCAGGGAGACAAAGCAAUAUGUUGUUGGUACUAUGAAAAGUACUUUUGAAACAACACAGAUCAUAUUGUGGGGGGAUUAAAAAAAGGAUUAUUUAUUUAUUUUCCAUUUGUCUAGCGAUGAGAUUCUCUGCUUAUCCAGAGGGAUUGGAAAUUAAGAUUUGGUUAGCUAGUUUUCAACAUCACUCACUUUGUGUCAUGCUAAGAUAAGUACUUUGUGCAGAUAAUUUUGUGUUUUGAUAGAGUAUCUUCUGAAUUUAGAUAGUGUUGAGGAGAAACAAAUUAGUAUUAUGAGUCAGUUUUGCUUGAUACUUUGCUGCCUUCUAUCUGGAGUUGGUUUUAUUCAUACUUUCCAGGAACUCAUGUCUGCUUAAUUUAGCUUUACAAAACAUUGAGUUUGCAUUUCCUUUUAUAUAUGCAAAACAAAACAAUAGAAAGAAAAGUCUUUCCACUGACAAGAAUUUCAAGGUACUCAAUGCCUGAUGUGGUUUUUUAAAGUGAUUUAAAUGUGUAGAGUUCAUAUAAAAAAGUUAACAAUAUGGUAAACACUUUUUAAUAUCUACAACAAACAACACCAAUAUUUAGCUUGGGAUUAAAUAUCUGUUUUCAUAUUUGUAUACAAGAAAAAAACAUGUUAAAUAUAAACAAAGUAGAAAUACAAAGCUAUACAGGUGUGACACAAACCUAGAUUCCUAAAAAUUUUAUUUAAAACCUCUAGCACCUAUUUUAUUAUUCAUUUUACAUUAAUCUUUCUAGCACAUAACCUGGGAGAAUAAUCUCUUAUUUAAGCAAUUUUCUCAUCAGCUUUAACUUAACCAUCAUGAAAAAUGUGUUAAGGCUGUUGUAAAUACUCCACAAUCAUGUUUUAUAUUGCCAUUUUGAAGUAAAAUUGACCAGCCAAAUUCAUAGUCUACACAAUUUUGUAGCCUUUUUUAUAAUGAUUACAAAUUGCUAUGAAAUGCUGAACAAAAUUAUAUGUGCAAUACUUUAUAGACAUAUGUAUCUGAGGCAUGUUUACACUGGCAUUAGUUAUUUUUUAAUUAAUAUCCUGAAUAUUAAGAUUGAUAGGAAAAACCUGACCCAAAUCCUUAAGUUUACAAAGCAGUUGGAAAAAAAUCUGUGUCCCAAUUUCCACAAUCACGCUUUAUUUGAAAGAUGAGCCAAAUGCACAGACACUAAAUUUUAUGCUGUGCUUUUAACCUGGACAGAAGCCAUUUUGGCUUCAGCUGCAGAAACCCAUUGGAAAGCAAACCAAAGGCACAUGGAUGAACACAUUGUUGUAGUUCGUCGUCUGUCUGCUUCUGAAUUAAAUCCAUUCUGAAAGCUGUUGACAUGUGUGUCAGGAGCUCAAGUCUAACUUCCAGUGUGUGUGACUGAUGGCUGGUGAGCUAUGCACUUGACUCACAAUUUGAGAGUCCCACAUCAGCCUCUUGGGGGCCUUAAAUGUUAGCUCCUUGUAAGUCCGUCGCCAUCUAUAUGAUAUGAUUUGAGGGAUGUCAAAAUACCUUCUCUGUCCUCUAAAAAUGCCCCCUAAGUCUUGCGAUGCCUGUGUUAUCACCAAAAGAUUAGUAACUCAGGAGUUAGGGUCAUGAAAUGCACUCCUUGCUUCUUGAAGGAACUCAAAACUCUUAAAGCUAACCAUAGGGAUCUGUGGGUAUAAUUUUUACUGAUUUUGGAAUGAGCUAGAAGUGUUAAGACCCAGAUCUAGCAAGGAGUAAGGGCUUCAAAUGCCAACCACAAUCUCAGCCCAUAAAGGUUUCUUCUAGAGAGUUCUGUUACAUACAGGGCAUCGAAUGGCACAUCAUAUACAUGUAUAUGGAAGUUCUCAACCUCUUAGAAUGUGGGGGCAAUGGAGGGAGGGAGAAACCCGAGGUCAGGUGACUGGUCCAGAGGCCAUUCCACUGGCAUUUCUCCCAUCCACACAGAAAACACUGACAAUGCACUGAGUAUGUCAUGACUUUAUCAUUGCUGAGUUCUUUCAUAAGUCCUAAUGUGUUGGGUUCCUUCUCAGAGCCUAUCUGUAUUUCUCUUCCUAGAAUUCCCUUUCCAAUUCUUGCAGCUGAUUUUUAAAACAUGGGGAAAUGGGAGAAUUAAGUUUUACAAACUUGGAGAGUGUGAUACAGUGAAUAAUGUACUAGGCACCCACUGAAAACUUAUACUAGAACUCAACUCUUGUUUUUAUUUAAAUACAUGUAUAGAGAUCUGUGAAGAUUUUCACAUACCUAUUUACCUUGUCACUAAUAAAAUUUAAAAUUAAAGACA